AUGUCUUCCGGCGGUCCUCCCGCGAAGCGGCAGCGAGUCAAAUCCGACGCCGAGGUCGACAGAGGUUCUGCUCAACCGGCAAAGAAGUUCAAGAUCGGCGACAACGUCUAUCUCGAUUGUGUACCAGAACAUUCCAAGAAGAUCGCAGUCACAAUCACUGAGACUCUUCUCGACGACAAAGGCUGGUCUUACACGGUAGACGGUGCAGAUAUCACUGGCCCUGGAACUCGCAUCGUCAUUCCCGAGAAGAGCAUCUACCGCGUGUCAUUCCCGGCCGAGACGUCAUUCAAUAUUCCGUGGGCCGACACACCUCGUGAUGGUGGUGGUGAGAUGGAGGAGAGUCACAUGCAAGUCGAAGACUGGAAGCUCGUGGGCGGUAGAGUAGUGUACGAUGUCUACGUUGGGCACUGCUUCAUGACUUCCGAGUUUGAUCGCAAGAUGACAGUGCCGCUGAAACACUUGGGGGACAUUCCAGCUCAACUGAUCGGCGUCAGAAUGAUAGCGACCGACCCUGAUCAGUUAGGCAAAUGCCAACUCAAGUGGGAUUUUGGGACGGUUGAGAUUCCAGAGGAAGCUCUUGCAAAGCUACAGAAGUAG